AUUAAGAUUAGUACAAAUUAUCUUGCUACUUACGCGUGCAGCUUCAUACGAUUGUAAGAAUAAUCAAAUUGCAAUUAUUAUACGAGUGUCGAAAUAUUCAAAUGUACGUACAACGCGCUAUCGAUUUCUCCUUUCUUCCGAAUAUCGUCCUCCCUGCGAUGAUCAAUCAAUAAUCUCUUUCUGUAAAAUCGUCUUUGCCGACUACUCCCACGAAUUUCCUGCGCGUAUGCACACACUCCACACAUCCGUGUUCGUCAAGUUACGAGUAGAAACAGGUUUCGUUGCUGUUUAGUUCGUCAACGUACGUUUUCUUUCGUUUUGUUAUAAUCACCGAUUUCGAUUCGUUUUCAAGAUUUUUCUAGGAUGGGAGGGCACAGAGAAUUUUGUACCCACGGCUGCGAACAAUCGGUCGUCCCGUGAGAACGCGAAAAGAAACAGUCCGCGAACAUACUUAUCGGCAGUUGAUCUACGGACAAAACCAAGAACCAAGUUCUUGCCGGUUUAAAACAAUGGUGCAUCCUUGUCGAGCGUGUUAUAUCGUUAUAGAUAACGUAGAUAAUGCGCUUCCGGCACGCACAAUACGUUUCGUAUACACUCGCACACGAACCGCCAUCUUUCUAUCGAUUCUCCUUUCGAUUCUCGAGCGUGUAGGAAUAUCGUUACUCGAAGAGCGUAAACUAAGUAUGCGGGCGUGUCACAGCGGUGAGGGCGGGCAGCUACUACAAUAACAGUAUAAACAUAGCUUUGCCCAAAUUUUCUCUAAUUUUUCCUUACGUCGCGCGUAUCUAAUACAUAUGAUAUACGCAUUACGGAGAUGAAAAGAAAUCUCAUGGAGACUGCUCUCUGUCGCUCAUCGUCACGCGCUGCUUCACAUUGUUUUCUUUCUACGUAUGACAUUUUCGGCCUAUGCGCGCGCUUAACUUUACGACAGCGUCGAGUUCAUCGAAAACGACCAUUCCUUCCAGAGGUCCUUCUCCCACUUUCGCGGUAAACGUAGAUACGUAACGUAUUCUAAUAUUGGACGAGACGUCGAUGUCAAAUUUUAAUCGAGAGGCUGACACUUUUAUCAGGGAAUUCUUAACGAUGGGAACGAAUAAUGGCAUCGCGCGUGCGACGAUGCGACAACCCAUGCACUUAGACCGUGAUUACUCACCCGACUAACUCGUUAAAGGCGUCGCUGUGAUCGAAUUAAGGUCGGACAAGAGUGGAACUUUUCUCGCCAUGAUUAAGUGGGUCGUUGCUAAAACGUUAUUGGUUGAUUAGCUUUAUCCAUGCUACUAUCGGACGGAAAAGAUGAAUGCCCCGCCGCCGGUAUACGCAUCUUCCUGCCCUACGUUGCAGUCGAACCUGUCGCUGCACAGUUCUUCCUACUACAGUGAAUACAGUGGAGCUGCGAGGAGGCGAUUAUCGUCGACGGGAGAGGCAGACACCUCAGCCACGUCUAGCUAUGAAGGUAGCGAUAGUUCUGAAAACAGCGACGAAUCGCGUUUGGAGCCAGUGAGCCAGAUGGAACGGGAACAACUGGAAACGUUUUUCAGGGGUUUGAAGUCUCAGGUGUUCGUUUGCGAGUCGUUGGCCAACUUGUAUCUGGGAAGCGCGUCGCAAACCGAAAGAUGGGAACUUCGGUUUACCGGCAUACCCGUGGUAGUUUUGGAUCUUGGAGAAACCCGAUCGAGAUCCAAGAGGCGGAUUCAAAUUCUGUUGGCAGAACGUGGCACUUGUUUUACUCUUUGGAGGGAGACCAUCGACAAUUUGUCGUCGUACAAGGUAUCGGGCCCGGCUUUUCAUACGAUGUGUCUUUCGUCCGAUCACACGCGCCUCGCGGGACUCAGCUUCGAUAAUCCGAAAGCCGCGAACGACCUUUGGCAACACAUAGAAAGACUCGUUUCUUGUCCAGAGAACAUUAGUCUCUCGAUACCAGGGAAGAAAAAGAAGAAGCCCGUGCAGAAGAAAGUGGUUUUACCGGCCAAGAGUAAUAUCAGCCAACCCUGUCAAUUUCAGCACGUGACGAGCGUCGACGCUGCCGAUCGAUCCCGAUAUUUUUCCCUUCAAACUAUGGUGCCGCCUUUGAACGAGCUAGAAAAUUCUUUGGAAGCAAAUUUUUGAGAUAACGAGAAGCCGGGCAAUCGUUCAGAUUCGUAGAGUUGUUCAGAUUCUGUCGCGUUGCUCGUUCAUCUAUUGCGCCUAUGUUCUAGGGAUCUAUGUAUCCGAUAAGAUAAGAUUACCUGAAAAAUAUGGCAUAUACCCUUCGAGCUUUCGAGGACGAACAAAAUCAGACGAUUUGCCAGAUCUAUCGCCUUUCUACUGCGUUUUAUCUCGAUAUAUAAUAUCGCAGAAGAAGAAAGCAAAAGGAACGUAUCAAUUGAUCUUUGUUCUUCUGCCCUUUCUCUUCUUUUUUGGUCUUCCUUCUUUUCGUAAGACUAAAAAGAAAAAACAACUAAUCAGAAGAAGAAGAAGAAGAAGAAUCGUUAUGAAUCUCGAUCGCUCGGAGAUGCCUGAGAAGCAAGAAAUUCUCGAAUCGAGAAGAAGAAAAAUCAAAACAAAUAGCCUAUUAUUCCUUCUACUAUAAUCGUAACUUUCGAAGGUUUGUGUUCUUAAGAAUAUCGUUGAAUUCAACGAUUUUGCUCGAAGAAGCACAACCCAUGGUACAUACAACAUCUCGUCUUUGAAAUACUCGGUGCGAGUUUAAGAGUUUAUUUGAGAGUUCUUGUAAUAAUAUUCUCUUGGAAACAUUUGGCAUCCGUCAUUAAUGAGCGAUGCCACGCUCAUUUCGAUCGUUGUCUUCACAUUUGUCGUUAAAGUUCGCUGUAGUUGUAUCGUCAGUGAGUUUCAUGCGGCACGACGAAUUAAAAUGUUAAUGUUAUAUACGAGUCGUUCUGAAAUUUAAAAAAAUUCCCAUUUGAACAAAUUCGAAUGAAUUCAAUACAUGUACGUACUAUAUAUAUAUAUAUAUACUAUACGUAGUGUGGGUGGGAUAUAAAACACGAGUCGAGGGAAGCGAACAGAAAAUCGAAGGCAUUUUUCUGAUUUUAUGGAUUUUUAUUGUGUCGCAUCCUAACGGUUUCACGACAAAAUGCUUCCUUUUUUAAUAACGCGUUCGAAUGCUCAGCCAAGAAAUUUUAUCACUCUUCCAACGUAAUGCGUAUCGAACUAACGAAUUCUGUCCCGAAUAACGACUACGAUAAGACUGGUUUUAUCAUUCGUCCUAUAUUUAGAAAAACGCGUUAAACAUAGACAUGAUAAUGAUAAUAGCGUUAACACGUAUCUUCGUUAUUCGACGUUGAUCGUUACCACUAACCGUUUUUCGACAUGGGACUUUUGCUGCUAGACAGAGUUUAUUAACGUUAUUGGCAUCGAUUAAUAGGGUGUGAAAAAAUGAUGGAAGAGAGAAGAAAGAAGAAAAGAGAAAGAUAGGAAAAAUGGGAAUGGAGAAGCGUGGUUAAACAGUAUGUUUUCUGUUCCAAAGACGCGUAGUGUCGUUGUUGUCAUCGUUAAAGCGUAUCGUAUAAGGAAUAUCAAGAGAAUAAUUAAAUUGUUCGCGCUCAAGCAUACCGUUAAUCUAUUUAUCGGUGAGAAAUAACUAUCGAACGUGUUUGCCUGCUUCAAAUCACUAGGGAUUUUCGGUGAUGAUCUCUAAACACUUGAUUGUAUGUACGAAAUAACUUCGAUAUCGACUAACGUAUUGAUUUCUUUGUCUACGACUGUGAUAUAAAUAUAUUUGUAUAGUUACAUUUACGUAAUAUGUAUCCGCAUUGGUUAAUCAUUUUGAUAUGUAAGUUUACGACCAUCGUUUCGCAUGUAAUAAUUAUGCUAAUAAAUAGUAAGUUUACGUAAUAGA